UACAAUGUAGUAAGAAACAAGACACAUAUAGUUAGUACCACCAGUACUCAUUAAUUUCUCCGCCCGAUUUCUACAUACAAAGCUCCCAUCAUUUCCAUUCUUCUCAUCCAAUGGCGACCCUUUUCCAAGCAUUGGGAGCAGCUCUUACCCCUUUCUCUCCAUCCACUUCAUUUCAAUCCAAAGAGAGGAAAUGUAGCAGCAUUUUUGUUGUCAGAUCAUCUGAUGCAAAGGUGAAUCAGGUGGUUUUGAAGUCAGGAGGAGCAACUCGUAAGGCUGGUCAAUUGUUGAUUCCUAAUGCAGUUGCUACACAGGGAAGCAGUUCCGUGGCUUCUGCGGCAUCAAAACCUGGGCAUGAACUUCUCCUUUUUGAAGCCCUGCGUGAAGGUUUGGAAGAAGAAAUGGAAAGGGAUCCUUGUGUUUGUGUCAUGGGCGAAGAUGUAGGCCAUUACGGAGGAUCUUACAAGGUGACUAGAAACCUAGCUGAAAAGUUUGGUGACCUCAGAGUAUUGGACACCCCUAUCGCUGAGAAUGCCUUCACUGGAAUGGGCAUUGGAGCUGCCAUGACUGGUCUGAGGCCAAUCAUUGAGGGCAUGAAUAUGGGAUUUCUACUUCUGGCAUUUAACCAAAUCUCUAACAAUUGUGGAAUGUUGCAUUACACGUCCGGAGGUCAGUUUAAAAUACCAGUUGUCAUUCGUGGGCCUGGUGGAGUUGGUCGGCAACUUGGAGCAGAACACUCACAGCGUUUGGAGUCAUAUUUUCAAUCAAUCCCUGGUAUUCAGAUGGUGGCUUGUUCAACACCUUACAACGCCAAGGGCUUGAUGAAAGCUGCAAUUCGAAGUGACAACCCUGUGAUACUUUUCGAGCAUGUUUUGCUUUAUAACCUCAAGGAAAGAAUUCCAGAUGAAGAGUAUGUAUUGUCACUUGAAGAAGCUGAGAUGGUUAGGCCUGGUGAGCAUGUCACAAUAUUAACUUAUUCGAGGAUGAGGUAUCAUGUCAUGCAAGCUGCCAAGACAUUAGUGAACAAGGGGUAUGACCCUGAAGUAAUUGACAUCAGGUCUUUGAAACCAUUUGAUCUUCACACAAUUGGGAAUUCAAUAAAGAAGACGCAUCGGGUUCUCAUAGUGGAGGAGUGCAUGCGGACGGGUGGAAUUGGCGCUAGUCUGACUGCUGCCAUUACUGAAAAUUUCCAUGACUAUUUGGAUGCUCCUAUCAUAUGCUUAUCCUCUCAAGAUGUGCCGACCCCAUAUGCCGGAACAUUGGAGGAAUGGACAGUGGUCCAACCUGCUCAAAUUGUGACUGCAGUUGAGCAGCUAUGCCAAUGAUUACUGCGAAAACACGCUUAAUUGGGAUUUUUUUUUGGUCAAUCUAUUGUGUUUGUUAAAUUAAACUAGAAUAUUCAUCAUGAUAUUGGUAUUUCCUUCCUUUUCUUUCACUUCUGAAGUCUAAACCACCACAACCUUAUACCGGUGUUUAAUUUAUGAUAUGGUUUGCAUUUUUUUAGAUUCGGGUGAGCCCUAGAACUGGGAAAUAAGUUAUAGGCCUUUUUUCGUUUUAGUUCACUUGUAUUGUAUUUUAUGGAGAUAAUAAUGAGAAAAGGAGAAGUUCCAUUCCUAUAAAAA